CACUUACUCUCUAAAACAAGUUCUCUUAGAGGAAGCUGGAAAAGGGAAAACCCAUCGAUGGAAGAAGCAAGCUCGAGAAAGCUUGGUGGCUCUUUGAAAGUUCCUGUAGUUCAAGAGCUGGCAAAGCAGCAACUAGCAGCCGUUCCGCCGCGAUAUAUUCGCGAUGAUAUGGAGGAGCCUAUGUUCACAUCCAUAUUGCCUCAAGUUCCAGUUAUUGACAUGGAAAAACUGCUGGCAAUUGGAGAUGAUAAUUCAGAGCUUGAGAGGCUUCAUUUUGCUUGCAAAGAAUGGGGAUUUUUCCAGUUGGUGAAUCAUGGAGUGAAUUCAUCAUUGGUGGAGAAAGUGAAGUCAGAAAUCGGAGAAUUUUUUGAGCUACCAAUGGAAGAGAAGAAGAAGUUUGAGCAAGAAGAAGGAGAUCAUGAAGGAUAUGGGCAAGCCUUUGUGCAAUCUGAAGAACAAAAGUUAGACUGGGCAGACAUGUUUUACAUGAUCACUCAUCACUCUCCCUGCCAAUUUGAGAAAACCUCACUUAUUUCCAAACCUCCCUCUCUCACUUAG